CCCGUUUCGGUUCAGACAACGGAUCCUCCGUGUUAUUAUUUUAUAAGCCCAUAUUCAGUAUAGGCGCAAUUACAAAACCAGUCACUCUCCAUCUAAAGGCAUUUUCACAUCACUUGUUGCUUCAAGCAUUUUUUUGCGCUUUUAAUAUUUCGAAGUAUUUUUGUACGGUCUAUAUAGGCCUAAUUGCAGCCGUACAAGUUCACACAGUGUACAUUUUCAAGCCAUCAGCGGUGUAUGUCCAAAUUAAACUGGCAGCUGCACCAUCAAUCAUUUAUUUUGGCGCAGGCGUGCUGAGGCCACACAAACAGCUCCACUCCAAGUCGGGUUGCAGUGUUACAAACUCUCUAUUCAAACCGGUUCAAACACAUGAAACCCGCAACGAUUACUGAAAAACACACAGCCAACACAAGGAUCAAGCUCCAUCAUGGUGCACAGAGUAGCAGUGAUCGGGGCGGGCCCAUGUGGUUUGACCAGCAUGAAGGCUUGUCUGGAUGAAGGCUUGGUGCCAACCUGCUUUGAAAGCAGCGAUGACAUGGGCGGACUGUGGAAGUUCAAGGAAGUGUCGGAGCCCAACAGAGCCAGCAUCUACCGUUCCCUCACCAUCAACAUCUGGAAGGAGAUGAUGUGCUACAGUGACUUCCCCAUCCCUGCUGAUUACCCCAACUAUAUGCACCACUCUAAAAUCAUGCAAUACUUCAGGAUGUAUGCAGAACACUUCAGACUGCUGCAACAUAUUCACUUCCAGACCUCAGUGAAGAGUGUCAGACAGAGACCAGACUUUUCACGUACUGGUCAGUGGGAUGUGGUGACCGAGAGUAGAGAUGGACAGGAGGAGAGGCAUGUCUUUGAUGCAGUUAUCUGCUGCUCGGGUCACUUCAAUUACCCUAACCUGCCACUCAAAGACUUCCCAGGAAUUGAGACAUUUGAAGGAAAAUACUUCCACAGCUGGGACUACAAGGGGCCUGAAGACAUGUACGGGAAGAGAGUGGUGGUCAUCGGCAUCGGUAACUCAGGAGGUGACAUCGCUGUGGAGGGCAGCAGAGUUGCAGAGCAGGUGUAUCUGAGCACUCGUAGUGGUGCCUGGGUCAUCCGUCAGGUUUCUGACAACGGCCUGCCAGUGGACAUGUUCAACACACGCUUUGUCCACAUCCUGUUCAAACUGCUGCCGAUGCGUUUUCUAAACUGGCUUGGCGAGAAAAAAAUCAACUCCAUGUAUGAUCAUGCCAUGUAUGGCCUCAAACCCAAACACAGACUCUUCAGUCAGAUCCCAGUGAUCAAUGAUGACCUGCCUUUCAAGAUUCUGUCUGGGUCAGUCAUUGUCAAACCAAACAUCAAGGAGAUUCGUGGAUCUACAGUGGUGUUUGAUGAUGGCAGCCUUGUGGAAAACGUGGAUAUGAUCGUGUUUGCCACAGGAUACAACUAUGAUUUUCCUUACUUGCCGAGCAAUGCCAUGUACAAGUCUGGGCACCGUAUUGGUCUGUACAAGCACGUUUUACCUCCCAACUUGGAGCAUCCCACUCUGGCUAUUGUGGGUUUUAUCCAUUCUGAUGGAGCCAUUAUGCCUCAGGCUGAGAUGCAGGCCCGCUGGGUCACACAUGUCUUCAAAGGACAUAAAAAGCUACCCUCAAACCAGGCCAUGAUAAAGGCUGUUGAGAAAGACACCAAGGAAAUCAACAAAAACUACGUUGUGUCAAAGUUGACACCCCUGCAGGUGGACUUUGUUGCCUACAUGGACGACUUAGCUGGGGACAUUGGAGUCCGGCCAAACCUCCUCUGGCUCUUUUUCACAGACUACCCAAUGUUUAAGAGACUUCUGUGGGGACCUGUCACAUCCUUUCAGUACCGCUUGAUUGGAUCAGGGAAAUGGGAGGGAGCCCGCAGGGCAAUAUUCACCCAGUUUGACCGCAUGUACCAGCCCCUAAAAACCAGACAGCUGGAUGCACAACAGGCUUCGAUCACUGGUCGCCUGAUUAAGCUGAGCCUAACCAUCAUGGCCGGAGGAGCUGCGGUCUACUACGUCCAUGUUCGCAGCCCAACCACCAUCCCCAGCCUCCUGUCCAAGCUCCGUCCACAAGCAAGGAAUGGGAGUGAGGCACAAGUGAUCCUUUCUGCUGCACUCACAAAGCGCUGCAGGGAUUUCAGUGCAGCUUCCAAACUACACAGUGAUGGAGUUGGUCAGGAUACUUACGAUUGUGCCUCAAUACAAGGGGGCCUUGAUUGGUGCUCAGUGAUGGUCCGACGUGUGGCAGUAGUUGGAGCAGGCAGUUCUGGUCUGGUCUGUAUCAAGAGCUGUGUUGAGGAGGGUCUGGAGCCGGUUUGCUUUGAAAGCAGUGAUGACAUUGGCGGCCUGUGGAGAUUUAAGGAGUCACCUGAGUCAGAGCGAUCCAGCAUCUAUCGCUCCUUGGUGUGCAACACUUCCAAAGAGAUUAUGUGUUUCAGUGAUUUUCCCAUGCCUGCUGACUAUCCAAACUACAUGCACCACUCCCAGCUGCUGCAGUACUUCAGGCUCUAUGCUGAGCACUUUGACCUGCUCAGAUACAUUAAUUUCCAGACCACAGUAAGCAGUGUUACACAAAGGCCGGAUUUCUCUCUGUCCGGUCAGUGGGACAUUGUGACCAUUAACAGGGAUGGAGAGGAAGAGAGACACAUCUUUGAUGCAGUUCUGGUGUGUUCAGGCCAUAACACUCAUCCGGCCUUACCCCUGUCAGACUUUCCAGGAUAUGAGAUGUUUUCUGGCAAGUGUUUUCACAGCUGGGAAUAUAAAGAUGCAGACACCUGUCGAGGAAAGAGGGUGGUGGUGGUUGGCAUUGGCAAUACUGGAGGAGACAUUGCAGUGGAAAUUAGUAGAUCUGCAGAGAAGACAUUUCUCAGCACGCGACAAGGAGGCUGGGUGAUUGGCAGGAUGUCCAGUAAUGGUCUUCCCCUGGACCUGACAGUUAUCACCAGGUUCAACAACAUCCUCACACUGCUUCUUCCCAAGACUCUGGUCAACUGGGCAGUAGAGAGAGCAGUGAACCAAAAAUGUGACCACACACUGUAUGGCCUGAAGCCCAGAUACAGACCUUUGGAAAGAAGACCUACGAUCAAUGAUGACCUUCCUGGUCGAAUCCUUCAGGGAGCGGUAGUAAUAAAACCCAAUCUGAAAGGCUUUGAGGCCUCUGGAGUUGUAUUCGAAGAUGGCACUGUGGAAGAAAACAUUGACGCUGUGGUCUUCUGUACAGGUUAUAACGUAAACCUCCCAUUCCUGCCUCCUGUGCUAUUUGAGGGGCCUGACAGGGAGUUGACAUUGUACAAGAGAUUGUUUCCUCCGUCUCUAUCACAACCCACACUGGCCGUCUUGGGUCUUUUACAGCAAAAAGGACCAUUCAUGCCCAUUGUGGAAAUGCAGACGCGGUGGGCUGUAAAGGUCUUUGCAGGUUUGAGCCAUUUACCAUCUAAGGAGAAAAUGCUGGAGGUCAUUGAGUCUGAGAGGAAGAGAAACAUGAAAAGCUACUGCUGCCCACGGCAGGCGGCUCGCCUGGUAGAUUACAUCCCUUACCUGGAUUUCAUGGCUGAUGAGGUAGGCGUUCGACCAAACUUCCUAAGACUACUCCUGAGAGAUCCUGUGCUCUGGGUGAAGGUCUUCUUUGGUCCCUGUACGCCAUAUCAGUAUCGUCUCACUGGGCCAGGACAGUGGGCCGGAGCCCGUCAUGCUAUCCUCACUCAGUGGGAGCGGGUGGCUCAGCCUUUCAGAACCAGAGUGGUCCCAGAACGGGGAAGCAGGUCAUGGGUCCUGUUUUCUCCCCAGCUGCUCACAUAUGGAGGAAUUGUGAUUGUGGCUGUGCUGCUGUCUAAAAAUGCUGCAAAAAUUGUUCCAGUCUUGCAGGGUGCAGGUCAGAUUCUGGACAGGUGCAAGAUUUUCAUGAGGGACUACUGACAGUUUCAGAGUCACCUGCUCACUACAAUGCAGCAUGUAGAAAAUCCAGAAUUGAGGAUAACUGAUGCAGAAAGAAAACAUGUGUCCAAGAAUUUAAAAUUCCAAGGGGAAAGAAAACAUGGUUUUAUACUCUGAACAGAGAGGUUUAGACAUAAUGAGAGCUUUCAUAAAUUAUCUGAGUUAAAGGAAAUAAAACUUUUUGGAAAACAGUUGUUUUAUACACAAAGUGAAGCGUGUAAUUAUACCCACUGGGGGUGGAAGGGGCUGUAGACUGAAGAACCAAAGCCUGCAUUGACACCAGAGCAACCAAAGCCUGUUGUGAUACUCCAAGGGUCAAAGUCUGCUGUGACUCCUGAACAACAACCCACCAUGACAACCGAACUAUAGCAAGGUGCUGCUGUGAAAACCAGUGACCAGAUGGAGAGCUACCUUGAGAAGACGUAACAAGGUGUGAUUCAGAUCCCUGAGCUUGAGCUUCAUUGGCUUGUGGGCGAGAAGGAGAAGAUAUCUACACUGGUAAAAGAAAAGGUGGCCUUGCUCAAUGAACAAUCAAAGGGCAGCGGCAAACCAUGAGUUGGGGGUCCUCCUGGUUGAGCUUUCUAAAAAACCAAAGCUUGCUGUGACACCUGGGGAACCAAAUCCUGCUAGGACACUCGGAGAACGAAAGCCUGAAACAACUGCUCAAAAAUCAGAGGGCAGAGGAAAACCAUGAAUUGGUGUCCUCCUGGUUGAGCUUUCUAAAAACAAGAAGACAGAAAGGGAUGCUCUCCUUAGAAGUGAAAAGCUAGAGGAAGUUCUUGAAAAUGAAAAUGAUUGAGAAGACACUUGGGGAGAAGGAGGGAGAGAGAAAAAAAUCAGAUGAGUGAGGUCCAGAAAAAGCCGAAGAAAAGAUCUAUGAGGAAAAGAUUCCUCCUGGUCGGACCCCUACUCCAUCUGACCUCUGACCUCCUCUGCCACACCCUUUAAACCUGCACCGAAGAAUGUAUAUCUUUCUCUAAACCAAUCUACAUUUAUCACGGUCUGAACCGUACAGAAUCCUUCAGGUAAAGUUUGAAUAAAUGAAUGAAUGUGAAUGAAACAUUUGAUGGUCAGUGCAAAUACUGCCCACUAAACUUGGGCAAACUCGAUCAGUUUUUAAAACAGAAAUUUGUUUUCUGUGGAUUCUGGGAAUUGAACCUGGCUUUUACACUUGAAGUGUUCAUGUCACCCUGCACGUAGGUCUACACACACCGUUUGGCUGAAGAGUCUUCAUGAAAGCACUCCCCUGACUGCUGUGAAACUAGGGACCGUGUUUUUGACCUAUAGGUCUAAACUUUAACACUAUAUGAUAAGUAAAUUAAGUAGUAACUAUCAAUGUCAUAUUUUAUAUUGAUAUUUCUCUUCUCUCACCUGGUUGUUUUGCAAUGGUGAGCCACCAUAACUUAAACUCAUGUCGCCACACUGUUACUAGCCACCCUAACACCUGUUGAAAAAGCUAGCGGUUAGCAUACAUGCUUAUCUGUUCAUUCUGUCAUGUUUUUUAAUGCAAUGUAAAAAUAUUAUUUGAGGUGCAAGUGUUAAAAUAAA